AUGUUAAUGGAAAGACUCUCAAGUGUUCACCAGGACUCUAUGUUGGGAAAAGUCUUGAAAUUGAAAGCCCAAUUUGAGAGUCAUGUGGGAAACAAGGAGAAAAAUUUGCAGAAUAUUACAUUUUCCCACAUCAAAAUAUCUACUGAGGAGAAAGAGUCAGAAUCCAAUAACAGUAGGGAAAAUGUCAACUUGAGGCCAUUUCUUGUUGCACAACAGAGUAUUCCUGGAGAAGAAAGAUUACAUAAAUGUGAUGCACAUGAAAAAAGCUUCAAACAAAAUGCACAUCUAAUUAUUCAGCAGCAAGUCUGUGAAGGGAAGGAACCAUGUAAGAGUAAUGAAUGUGAGAAAACCUUUAGAGGUCCCACGUCCCUUAUUCAACAUCAAAGAAUUCAUGCUGGGGAGAAGCCCUAUAAAUGUAACGAAUGUGGGAAAGCAUUUAGCCAAAGUGCACACCUCACAAAUCAUCAGAAAACUCAUACAGGAAAGAAAACUUUCAAAUGUAAUGAUUGUGAUAAAGCUUUCAGUUACUACUCAGCCCUUAUUCAACAUCAGAAAAUACAUAGUGGGGAGAAAUCUUUUGAAUGUAGUGAAUGUGGGAAAACCUUCAGCCGAAGUACAUACCUUACUCAACACCAGAGAAUUCACACCAGAGAGAAGCCCUAUAAAUGUAAUGAAUGUGGAAAGGCCUUUAGCCAGAGUACACAUCUUACUCUGCAUCAGAGAAUUCACACUGGAGAGAAACCCUAUGAAUGUAAUGAGUGUGGGAAAACUUUCAGCCAGAGUGCACACCUUACUCAACAUCAGAGAAUUCAUACUGGGGAGAAACCCUAUGAAUGUAAUGAAUGUGGGAAAGCCUUCAGUGACCACUCAGCUCUUAUUCGACAUCAUAUAAUUCAUAGUGGAGAGAAACCCUAUGAAUGUAAUGAAUGUGGAAAAGCCUUCAGUUAUUGCUCAGACCUUAUUCAACAUCAGAAAAUUCAUACUGGAGAAAAACCCUAUAAAUGUAAUGUUUGUAGCAAUGCUUUCAAUGACUGUUCAGCACUUAUUCAGCAUCAGAGAACUCACACUGGAGAGAAACCCUAUGAAUGUAAUAGAUGUUGGAAAGCCUUUAGUAACUACUCAGCCCUUAUUCGACAUCAUAUAGUUCAUACUGGAGAAAAACCUUAUGAAUGCAGUGAAUGUGGAAAAGCCUUUAGCCGGAGUACAUACCUUACUCAACAUCAACGAGUACAUACUGGGGAGAAACCUUUUGAAUGUAAUGAGUGUGGGAAAGCUUUCAGUCAGAGUGCAUUCCUUACUCAACACCAGAGAAUUCACACAGGUGAGAAACCAUAUACAUGUAGUGAAUGUGGGAAAGCCUUCAGUGAUCGCUCGGGCCGUAUUCAACAUCAGAGAACUCACACUGGAGAGAAACCCUACUCUUGUAAUGAAUGUGGGAAAGCCUUUAGUUACUGUUCAGCUCUUAUUCAGCACAAAAGAAUUCAUACUGGUGAAAAACCUUAUGAAUGUAAUGACUGUGGAAAAGCCUUUAGUGACCGCUCAGCACUCAUUCAACAUCAGAGAACUCAUACAGGAGAGAAACCUUAUAAAUGUAAUAUAUGUGGAAAGGCUUUCAGCCAAAGUACAAAUCUGACAAACCAUCAGAAAACUCACACUGGAGAGAAACCCUAUAAAUGUAAUGAAUGUGGCAAAGCUUUUGGAUAUUGCUCAGACCUUACAAAGCAUCAGAAAAUUCAUACGGGGGAAAAACCUUAUAUAUGCAAUGAAUGUGGGAAGGCCUUCAGCCAGAACACAUACCUUACAAAACAUCUGAAAACUCAUUGGAGAGAAACUUUGUAA